AUGUUCAAGUCUCCAAGCCGCAGCCUUUGGGUCUGCACCCGAUGUGUUCGGCAAGCUUCCCGGGGCCAGCCGCGCCGAUGGAUGGCCGCCGUCUCCGGCGCCGCGCCCUCGAGUAUCACCGCCGACCACUCACCCCCGGGUAGGAAUACCGACGAUGCAAUCCUGCGCGAGCUAUUCGACUCCCCCGACCGGGUCGCGAAAGCAUUCAAGGCUGCCGGGCCCAGCGUCGGCCUGUUCAAGAACCGAUAUCUCACCAGCCCGAACGGCUUUUAUGUCUUCGCCCGCAGGAGCUUGGAGAAGGCGCAGAAGAUCGUCCAUCGUGUCCUCCAUGCGUCAAGCGUAUCCGAGUACCAGGCCAUCGUCAAGGACCUUGACCGCCUAAGCGACCUCCUUUGCCGAGUCCUCGAUCUCUCCGACUUUGUCAGAAUGACGCACCCAGACCCUCGAUUCCAACAAGCAGCUGCCGGCGCCUGGUCCAUGGUUUAUCAGUACAUGAACCAGCUGAACACGAUGACCGGGCUGAGCGAUCAGCUGGUGAAGGCCAUGGGGCAGCCCGACGUUGUUGCGGUAUGGUCGGAGGAGGAGAGGACUGUUGCGGAGAUUCUCAAGUUGGACUUCACCAAGUCGGCUGUCGACUUGCCGCAACAGGAGCGAGAUCGUUUCGUCGACCUCUCGCAACAGAUCAGCGAGGUUGGUUCUAUGUUUGUCUCGGAAAUGUCGCCUGCGAAGAGGGAAAUCGUCCUCCCUUCGUCCAACUUUUACGGGUUGUAUCCCGGAAUCGCUCGCGCGCUCACCAUGAGGGGCAAGUUGCGCCUCCCGACCACCGGACCUGAAGCUCAGGCCGCGCUCCGUAGCGUUAAGGACGAUGGGACGCGGAAGGAGGUGUACACCGCGAUGCGCACCGCCUCAAAGCAGACAGUUCGUCUGCUGGAGACGAUGCUCAAACUCCGGUCCGAGCUGGCGAACCUGGCGGGCUUCUCGAGCUACGCUCACCUUUCAUUGAAAGACAGGAUGAUGGCGAAGUCCCCCGGCGCUGUCAUGCAAUUUCUUCAGGCGCUGCAAAAGUAUAACAGCCCUAUCGUCCAGGAGGAAAUGGCGGAUCUCUUAAAGCUGAAGCAGACUCGACUGGACGCCUCUGCUACGCAAGUUCACCCCUGGGACAAGGAUUUCCUGAUGGACGGCGUGCGGUCCGAAAUGAGGCUUCCAGUCCGUCAUCCCGAUCAUCUCCCUUCUUUCUUCUCAAUCGGAACCGUCAUGCAGGGCAUGUCCAGGUUAUUCACCCGUCUCUACGGUAUCCAGUUUAAGCCUAAGGAGUCCCAGCCGGGCGAGACAUGGCACGAGGACGUGCGGCGACUUGAUGUUGUUACGGAUACCGGCGAUCUGAUUGCCGUCCUGUACUGCGAUCUGUUCUUCAGGGAGGACAAGUCGCCCAACCCUGCCCACUUUACAGUGCGCUGCUCCCGAGCCAUCGCCCCGUACGAAGUCCAAGAGGCCGCGGAAGACUUGCAUAAUGCCACCGCCGACAUGCCCAAGUUCGAGAGACCCGAGCAAGCUGCCAACGACGGUAUGGAGAGCUUGCAGCAGGAUGGCGUGCUGAUGCAGCUGCCCACCAUUGCGCUUGUUUGCGACUUCCCCAAGCACGACGCUGGCAGCUCCGCGCCGGCGCUUCUCUCAUACUACCAGGUCGAGACCCUCUUUCACGAGAUGGGGCAUGCCAUUCACUCGAUCUUGGCCCGCACCAAGCUCCAGAACGUUUCGGGCACGAGAUGCGCGACCGACUUUGCCGAGCUCCCGUCUACGCUGAUGGAGCACUUCGCAGCCGACCCGUCAGUGUUGGGACUCUUCGCAAGACACUGGAAGACGGACGAGCCCCUGCCAUACCAGAUGGUUGCCGAGAGGAUCCGUCUGGCGAAGCGCUUCGAGGGCAUCGACACGGAAAACCAAAUCCUCCUCUCCCUCCUUGAUCAGUCUUAUCACGCACCCGAGGUCGCCAGCCCGUCGUUUGACUCCACUCAGGUCUACCACAACCUGCAGAGACAGUACUCCCAGGGCGGCCCCGACCCCCCGGGGACGUGCUGGCAGGGGUUCUUCGGCCACUUGCACGGGUACGGCAGCACCUACUACAGCUACGUCUUCGACCGCGUCCUGGCCGAGCGGGUCUGGCGCGUGGUGUUCCGCGCUGGGUCGGACGGCAAGGCGCUCGAUCGCGCCAACGGCGAGCGGCUCAAGGAGAACCUCCUGAAGUGGGGAGGCAGCCGCGACCCGUGGCAGUGUCUGGCGGAUACCCUGCAGGACGACCGUCUUGCCCGGGGCGAUGACAAGGCGAUGGCGUUGGUCGGCAGCUGGGGCAUCAAGGAUGACCACGCUUGA